UUCGCUCCGGAAGGGCCGCGCGGGGCGCAGGAUGAGCAGCGGCGGCGCAGGCGGCAAUGGCCGGGCGGCGGCUCUCUCCGCCCGGGGCUCCCGCAUCGCCGGCGGCGCCCGGGGCCUGCUGGACAAAGGCUUCGACUUGUACAUCGCGGACCCCUUCGACCGGGAGCGCAACCCGCGGGGCAUUUUGAAUUUGGGAACAAGUGAGAACAAACUUUGCUAUGAUUUAAUACAGGAAAGACUCACAAGAUCUGACAUGAACUAUCUGGAACCUCACCUUUUGCAAUAUUCUGAUCCACAAGGCAUUGAAAGCUUCAGAGAAGAAAUUGCCAAAUUUCUCACUGAGUAUGCCAAAGCUCCAAAAGCACUGAAUCCAGAGCAUAUAGUUGUUAUGAAUGGCUGUUCUGCUGUCUUUGCUACCCUUUCAACUGUAUUAUGUGAUCCUGGAGAUGGGUACCUUAUUCCUACUCCAUAUUAUGGUGGAAUAAAUUCAAAAACCUGGCUGUAUGGUGGAAUACAACCUGUCCAUGUGCCCUUGUUUAGUGAGGUGACUGACGAAGAAAGUCAUCCUUUUCAAUUAACAGUUGGAAAAUUAGAGGCUGCCCUACAGAGAGCUAAAGAACAGGGCAUCCGAGUCAGAGCAUUAAUCCUGAUCAACCCUCACAAUCCAUUAGGGGACAUUUACCCAGCACAGUUACUGAAAGAAUGUCUAGAGUUUGCGCACAGAUAUCAAUUACAUGUAAUAAUAGAUGAAAUAUAUAUGCUGUCUGUGUACGAUGAUACCACCUUCACCAGUAUUCUUAGCUUAGAUUGUUUACCAGAUCCAGAACGGACACAUUUUAUGUGGGGCUUUAGCAAGGAUUUUGGUAUGUGUGGUAUCAGAGUUGGAGUGUUGUACACCAGAAGUCAUGACAUUCGGAAAGCCGUGAAUCAACUGGCUGUUUUUCAUGGGUGUCCUGGGCCUGUUCAAUAUGUUCUGAGCCAGUUUCUUAGUGAUAGAGAUUGGCUGGAUAAUGUGUAUUUUCCUACCAACAAAAAAAGACUUAGAGAAGCACAAAAUAUUCUUGUGGAUGGUCUCACAGAGAUUGGAAUACCUGUUCUCAAAAGUUCAGGAGGAUUAUACGUAUGGGCAGACUUCAGAAAAUUCCUAAAAUCACAGACAUUUGAAGCUGAAAUGGAGUUAUGGUGGAAGUUCCUUGAUGAAAAACUCCUCAUUAGUCCUGGAAAAGCCUUUUGCUGUUAUGAGCCUGGAUGGUUUAGAAUGGUCUUCUCAGACUCUAUAGAUAAGAUUUACUUGGGUAUACAGAGACUUGAGCAAAUGCUGCAAACUGAAACUGCUGAACCAGUUGCAAACAAAACAUCUGCUGCAGAAGAUGAGUUAUCUAAUUCAGAAGACGAAACUUCAGUGAAUCACGCAAAUACACCAUUAGAUGAAGUUUCAGAAGCAUACUCAGAUAUGAAAAAAAUUGUUGUCUAUUAAAAUCUUAUAUGAAAUUGGAGACUAAACAAAACAUGAUAUAGCAUGCUUGUGUUUACUAAAAUUGUUACUUUGACUGUAAUACUAUAGGACAGUCUCAUUUCGCUGUAGCCUGUGGUUACUGAUUUGCAAGCUGGACUGCUAGAAUAUUAGUAACCUGGCCCCUAUCCUGACUUUAGCCUCUGUUCUGCAAAGCACUAACGCCCACUUUUUAAGCAUGCUGUUAAAUACCAUUAAAGUCAGUGGGUCUUAAGCAUAUGCUUAAGUGCUUUGUUGAUUAGGGUGGGUUUGCUUACUCAGGGCCUUAAUGAAUCUUGAACAAAAUAUUUUAUAUUAUGGAGUAUAUAUUUUAAUCAGAAGACUGAAAAUGUUGAACUAGCUGAUAUUGGUUGUCAAAUUUUACUAAAUUUGUCAGUAGACAGACAGACAUGUAUAUAUAAAAUCUAAAUGGGAGCUUUUUAUGAUGGUUAAAAUAAUUUGUACAUGAGCUUUCUGAAUAUGCACACCAGUGUAAAUACUUGUUUACAAAAUAUUCAUUUUUUUGUCUUUCAUGCUUCCUUUCAGAUGUGUAAAAAUGCUUAUAUGUGUAUUAUAUUUGCAUCUUUUUUUUGCAAAAACAUCAGUUUUUCUCAAAAUAUAAAUGUAAAGAAAUUUAGAAGUAUGUAGUAUGCAUUCAUUUUGACAGGUAGAUGUGUGUUGGACCAAUGUUUAGAUCUAUAUUUGUAGAUUUAAUUCAUAGCUUUAUUUAUUUUAGGAAUGGAAAGGGGGAAAAUUGAAAUUGCAAAAUCAGAAGCCUUCUCUUUUACAGGGAAUCUGAAUAUGAAAAAAAGGACUUUCCAUAGAAUUUACAGUACCAUUAUAGGUGGUGGUUGGCUUGCCACCUAUAUUUAGACAACCGUAACACUUUCCAUUCUAAAAUCCUGUCUUUAGUUGCCACCCUUGUGCCGCCCCUUCCUCCCGAGUCCCCACCCUAACACUGCCGCUUCCUCCUGAGGCCCCGCCCCCCACUUUUAAGCAUAGCCCUCCCACUUUUAAAGGGGGUGGGCAUGGUCCCCUAGCCGCCCCCCCCCCCAUGUUCCAGCACCCGUGGCUGGGGGGGAGAGGCAGAAGCGAACUUGAUCUUGGAUUCCCAAGAUGUAACAUUCCUCUGACUGCUACCUAUUAGCUGUGAAUCCCACUGGCAAAUGUUUCUUCACUUUCUACUGAGGGUCAACAUAACAGAAUUUCUGUUUUGGCUUUGUGUGUGUGGGGAGGGGAGGGAAGGGAAGUGACUGCUCUUAAAAAAUGUAAGAAAUUACAUUUUAAAAGAGACAUUAAAACAUUAAGGUUAUAAGGUCAAGUAGUCAAAAGUUAAGAAAUGCCAGAAUUAAGGCAACCUGUGCAGUCUUAAUGUAGCCCCCUUGUGCAUAUGCACUGUGGUUACAGACUACAUGAUCGUACGCUACUUUUCCACAGGACUCUGCCUCAUUCAGUGCACAAGAUGGAUAGUGCUCACUGCAUGGUUGCAGUAUAGGAGUAUUUAACUUUGCUUCUUUAAUGGUAGGGAUUUUUAUGUAAUACUAAUAUAAGUAGGCUUAGAAGGAUUAGAUUUUUAUAAGUAAAUGCCAGUAACUGUCAAUUUCAUGGUACACACACACACACAGACCAAUGAAAAAAUGUUCCCAUCAAUAGUAAUUGAAAUGUACAGAUAGGCAAAGUAAGAAAAAUGCAGCUUGAGAACAUACUAGAGUUUGAUUUAAGAAUAUUUAUUUUAUAAAUUUUAACAUGUGAUGACCAAGUUUUUAACAG